GUGGAUUUAGUGUUGUGUACAAAGCUAAAUGGAAACACAUUGAAGUCGUUCUCAAAAGCCUUUAUAACUCUAAUAAUAUGAACGCAGAUCCUCAUAAGAAAUUCAAAAAUUAUAAUGUUGAAACUACAAUUCAUUGA